AUGGCUACUGAACAACCCUUCAGAUUUACAGCGGAUGACUUUGCUGAAGCGCUUGCUGACCUGGACGGAGAGAUUGGGAAGUCCAGAAACUUGGGAAAGAUUGUCCCUGUCAGGCUGCUCAGCGCAGGAGGCUUUGUUGCGGUCAGCCACCUGGGGAACCGUUCCGCUACCGAAGAUAUCGACUAUAUCAUCGAUCCAAAUAUCGAAAAUUUAGGAAAGAUCAAGGAGAAGCUCCAAAAAGCAAUCCGUACCGUUGCCGACAAGAGAAAAAUCAGCGAAGAAUGGAUCAACGCGCACAUGGAGGUCUUUGCGCAAGUGAUUCUCUGGCAUGGGAAGAAUUUGGUCAUCUACGCAGUUAAGUGGGAGUGGUCGCUCGCACGGAAAUUGAAACGAAUAGGAUCUGAACGAAGAGAGAUCGAUAUCAACGAUGCAGUUGCAAUACUGAAAAUAAUGAUGGACCAGAAAGGGGGUCCUCUGGAGCGGGAGAUGAUGAAGGGUUGGAAUACGAUCGUACACACCUCGAUCGAGGAUUCUGUGCUGGACAUAGUCGCUGCCGGUUUCUCAGCCAAGUAG